UUUAACUUCACCAUGGUUUUGGUCAUCGGGAAAGGCUGGCCUCGCCCAGAAAUAUUGCUCUAACUUUAGUCUCCUCCUUUGGCCCGGUUUUUAAACCUCCGCUUCUGGAUCAACCGAACCCAAGUCCCAGGAACCGAAAUUUCUAUUCCGGAAGGAUUCCGACUCGGCAAGCGGAAGUGAGCCGCAGCUCGUCUCCGUCUUUUCCGGUGUGGCUUAGCCCGGCCCGUUCUCUUUUCUCCCCGGCGGCGGGCUGGCUGCACGGGCUCUGGAAAAGGAUUUCCGCCGUUGGAGCCCGGCUUGGCGCCCCAUCGCCCCACGGACCUGGUCAUCUUGGCACUUACUGGACUGCCAGCUGAGGACCAGUGUUCAAAUACAUGAGCCCAUGGAGCAGCUUUCUUCUUAUACAACAAAUAUAUACGAUUCCUCAGUCAGUGCAGGUGCUGUUAAUGAAUCCAUAUUACAAGAUUAAAGAGAAAUGAAUAUCAUCAUUUUCCACUUUGAUACUUGAGUUUCCCUGGCGUGUCCUUGGAGUCACAGAAGAAUUGAUUACACAUUUUACCAUUAGACUCAAAGGAUGGACGUUACCAGUUUGUCCUGUGGAAGUCCUCUUUCUGGGGCCCAGGUCUGCAGCCAAGGAGAAGAAACAGGGGGGGAAAGCACACUGGAUGAUUGCCUGAAAACCUGUAAUAAGGGUGAGGCUGUGGAUUUCACUCAAGAGGAGCGGACUACGAAGGAUCCAACUCAGAAGAGCAUACCUAGUGGUGUGACAGUGGGGGACUCUACAAAGCUGGCCUCUGUAGGAUGUCAGACACUUACCAAGCCCAGUGCUUUGACUUGCUUGACAAAAGAAUUGGUAACCGCACAGAGAGUUCUUCAAGAAUUGGAAAAACAUCUACAAACCAAAGAUUUAACACUAGAGCAAGGUUUUUUGACAAGACAUACCUUCAUGGAGACACAGCAGGUGGAUGCAGUGACCUUUGAAGAUGUGUCUGUGGACUUUACCCAGGAAGAGUGGACUUCACUGGAUCCAAUUCAGAGAAGCCUCUACAGAGACGUGAUGCUGGAGAACUACCAGAACCUGGCCACAGUAGGAGGUCAGUUGUUCAAACCCAGCCUUAUCUCUUGGUUGGAGCAGAAAGUAGAGUUGACAGUAAUGGAGCAAGGAAUUCUCCAAGAAUGGGAAAUGCACCUUAAGACAAAAGGGACAGCACUUGAGGAGGAUAUAUUUUGGUCAGAUAGGUCAAAUGGAAAGCAACUGGGGAGAAAGCACAGUGGAGGGGUGCUUGGCAACUCUAUGCAAGUUGGAAGAGUUUUCAGUGAAGAUGCAUGCCCCCAGACUCACGUUAGCAGGCUAAAUACAGAGAACACGUCAGAGAGUAAUUUGUGUGAAAAAGACUUGCUGCCACCACGUAAAGAAACGUCUACUGAAAAGAACAUUUUUCAGUUGGACCAAUGUGGAAAAUCUUUCACUUUGACUCCAGAUGUUUCACAGAAAAUGUGCACUCUGGGAAAAUCCACUGAAUGCAGUGACUGUGGGAAAACUUCCCUUAACCACUUAGAACUUGAGGCACAUAGCUCUUCUCAUAGUGGAAAGAGUCAGUGUGGACAAGCUCUUACUUUUCCUGUGAGUCAUAAUGAGCAUGUUGUAAUUCCCCCUGAAAAAAAGUACUAUGAAUGUAAGAAAUGUGAAAAAGUCUUUACACACCCUAUCUACCUUAAUGUCCAUAUGCAAAGCCACACCGUGGAGAAGCCCUACGACUGUAAGGAGUGUGGGAAAACCUUCACUGAGCGCUCAAGUUUAAUUGUGCAUCUACGCCAGCACACUCGAGAGAAGUCUUAUGAGUGCAAGGAAUGUGGGAAAACCUUCAUUCAACCCUCACGCCUUACAGAACAUAUGAGAAGUCACACAGGAGAGAAACCGUAUCAGUGUGACCAGUGUGGGAAUGCCUUUGCUUCUUCUUCUUACCUUACUACGCAUUUGAGAACUCAAACUGGAGAGAAGCCCUUUGAGUGUAACAUAUGUGGGAAGGCAUUUACACGUUCCUCUUACCUGCUAGGUCACAUACGAACUCACACCGGAGAAAAGCCCUAUGAAUGUAAAGUAUGCGGGAAAGCGUUCAGUGGUCGUUCUUGGCUUACGAUACACUUACGAAAGCAUACUGGAGAGAGGCCCUAUCCGUGCACAGAGUGUGAGAAAGCCUUCACCAGCUUUGCUCAGCUGACUGAACAUAUAAAAACGCACACUGGUGAAAAGCCCUUUCGUUGUAAGGUAUGUGCAAGGACCUUUAGAAAUUCCUCAUGCCUUAAGACCCACUUCCGAAUUCACACUGGAAUAAAACCAUACAAAUGUAAUUACUGUGGGAAAGACUUCACUGCACGGUCAGGCCUUACUAAGCACGUACUAAUUCACAAUGGGGAGAAGCCCUACGAGUGUAAGGAGUGCGGGAAAGCCUUCAGUACAUCCUCUGGCCUUGUUGAACAUAUAAGAAUUCAUACAGGAGAGAAGCCCUUUGAAUGCUAUCAGUGUGGGAAAGCUUUGGCUCAUUCCUCAUCUCUUGUUGGACAUUUAAGAACUCACACUGGAGAGAAACCCUUUGAGUGUAAGCAGUGUGACAAAACAUUUACGCGGUCUUCUUAUCUUCGUAUCCAUAUGCGAACUCACACUGGAGAGAAACCAUAUGAGUGUAAGGAGUGUGGAAAGACUUUCCCUGAGCGCUCAUGCCUUACUAAACACAUAAGAACACACACUGGUGAAAGGCCCUAUGAAUGUAAGGAGUGUGGGAAAGGCUUCAUUAGUUUUGCUCAACUUACUGUACACAUAAAAACUCACAGUUCUGAGAGACCUUUUCAGUGUAAGGUGUGCACAAAAUCCUUUAGAAACUCCUCCUCCCUUGAGACCCACUUUCGAAUUCACACUGGAGUAAAACCCUAUAAAUGCACUUACUGCGGGAAAGACUUCACUGCUCGUUCAGGCCUUACUAUACACUUAAGAAAUCACACUGGGGAGAAGUCCUAUGCAUGCCAAGAAUGUGGAAAAGCCUUUAGCACUUCCUCGGGCCUUAUCGCACACAUAAGAAGUCACAAAGGAGAGAAACCCUUUGAAUGUGACCACUGUGGGAAAGCCUUUGCUUCUUCCUCCUAUCUUAAUGUGCAUUUGAAAAUUCACACUGGAGAAAAGCCCUUUCAGUGUACAGUGUGUGGGAAAACUUUUACAUGUUCUUCCUACCUUCCUGUUCACAUGCGAACUCACACUGGAGAGAAGCCUUUUCAGUGUAUAAUAUGUGGAAAGUCAUUUUUAUGGUCCUCGUACCUUCGAGUUCACAUGCGAAUUCACACUGGAGAGAAACCCUAUGUAUGUCAGUACUGUGGAAAAGCCUUUACAGAGCACUCAGGCCUUAAUAAGCAUUUACGGAAACACACAGGAGAGAAACCGUAUGAAUAUAAGGAAUGCAGGGAAUCCUUCACUGCUUCUGCUGAUGCUAAUGAACAUGAGAAUCCCCACUGGGGGGAAAGCCUUUGAAUGUAAGGUACUCACAAAAUUGUUCUGGAAGCCCUUGAUCCAUCCUUUGCAAUCAGAAUUCAGUCUAUAAAAGUCUUAUAAUAAUCAAUGUAUGAAAGCAUUCAAUUGUCACUGAUGUAAAAGCAACUCAUUCUGAGUUUAAGGCUAUGGGAGAGAUCAAAAUCCCAAGAUCGGUGAACUCUGUCAAGGUUUGUACUAUAGGAGAUGAAAAUCUUUAGUGUUUCCAUGUGUGUUGAUGCAAGACAUGUAGAAAUGUCAUAGUUUUUAAGUUUCUUAGUUCACUUGUAAUCUCACAGUUGAGAAAAAUCUUACUGAAGUUUGGGAAAUAACUUUUUACCUUUGACUUUAUGUGGUGGUUAGACUGAACACAAACCACGUAUGUGUAAAAUAGGGGAUUUGCUUCAGUGUCUUGAAGGUUUGGAUGGCAACACAUGGAUUUCCUGGGUGCUUCUAGAUGAACUUUGAAUAUUUCUAUAUUUGUGUAUUUUUAUGACUUCAAUUAUAAAUUUCUAAAUUUCAUUAUAGGUUUUCCUUUUUAAAAUAUUUCUGUUUGAUGUGAUUGAAAACUGUUGUUUAUACCUGGUGUCUAGUAUAUGUCCCAUGGUGGCAUUGUGAACUAAUGAACACAGUCACUACUUAUUUCGUUUGUUGUCACAUGCGCCCCUCUUCCCCUUUGUCUUUUUUCAAGUUACUUUCACUUUUUGACCUAGACGAGUAUGAAAAUCAUGUAGUCUUGACUGAUCGAGCUCAUGGUAGUCUGGCUCAGUCUCCUUAGUGUCGAGAUGGCAGGUACAAGCUAUCAUACCUGACUCUGUCUUAAAGUAAUGUCACAUCGUGUUUACGUAUUUACAGAAGAAGAUUUGAGUCUGACCAAGACAACCCCUUUCUUUGAGUUCCCAGUCUCUGGUAGCCACUACCCUUUCUCUGGUUGGAGUUUAGCUUUUCUUUAGUCUCUACUUGUUAAGUCAUGUAGUAACAAGUAGUAUCUGUAUUAACUAUUCUUAGGUUUUUAUUUUUUAUUUUUUGUUCCAGGGUCUUACUUGUCGCUCAAACUGACUCCCAAACUCCCAGCCUUUCUGCUUCAGGCAUGUGCCAUCAUACCUAGCUAUUUAUAUGAGUUUAAGUUUACAUGGUGUCCUCAAGGUAGAGCUGUGUUGUGGUCAGUUAAUUGUUUUAGGACAUUUAAUUAUCAUUUGGUAUGUCUAUGGAUACUUAGUUUCCAUACCUUGACUGUUGGGAGUAUUGCUGCCUUGAAUGCUAGUGUAGCUGUCUCUUUAGUUAGUGACCUUAUGUCCUCAGAUGCAGUCCCCAAAGUGGGUUUGUUACAGUAAUGACAGGUGUACUUUUAAUUCAGUAUGUCUGGACUAUUCUGUAAUGGCCAUCAGUUUAUAUUCCCAAUGAUGUACCUAGUCUUUUUAUUGCUUAUCUUUUUACUUUUUUCUUUCUAUAUGCCAUUUUGAAAUGUGAAAUGGUUUCAUAAGUUUUGAUUUGCAUUUUUCUAAUCUAAGCCAUUUGUAUGUCUUUGCUAAAAUAUUAAUUUCAGUUAUCAAGUUUAAAAUCAAUGUAUAUGUUUUGCUGUGAAGAAGUUACCUGAGUUGCUAUGUUUUAGACAUAGACCCACUGUAAUAUAUAUGAUUUGCAGAUAUUUUUCCGUCUGUAUACCUGCCAUUUCAGAUUUGUUUUCUGCUCUGCUUUGUAAAAUCUUCAGUUUGAUGUUGCCCUAAUUUUUUAUAUUUGCUUUUUAUGCUCGUGCUUUUCAUGUCAGCUCCAGAAUUCUUUGCUGGUGUGUCAGGUGUGUCAGGUGUGUCAGGUGUGUCGGGUGUGUCGGGUGUGUCGGGUGUGUCGGGUGUGUCGGGUGUGUCGGGUGUGUCAGGUGUGUCAGGAAGCGUUCUUUUUGGAGUUCUGUGUCAACAAUCUAAGACUUGAUUUUCAGGGUUUGGUUUGUUGGAGGUGAUCUCAUUAUGUAAUCUAUAAUAGCAUAGAACUCACUGUGUGGACUAGGUUGAUCUUAAACUUGCAGCAGUUUCUCCCCAGGCCUGCUGAGUGCAGAGAUUUUCAGUAUGAGCCAGCCUACCCAGCUUAACUGUAUUUCUUUUACUGUUAUUUAAGAGUUACACACACAUAUACACACCAUAGUUAGUGGUAUAGUUUUGCUUGCAUAUCCAUUUUUGUUAGUUCCUUUUAUUUGUUUAACAAUCCUUUUUAUGGUUUGAUAGUUUUGUUGAAAAUUUGGUUAUAAGCAUUUGUGUUUUGGUGCUAGAAAUUGAACUUGUGGCCUCAUGAAUGCUAGGCACAUACUCUACCCUCAAGCUAUAUAGUUCUAAACCCAUUUUUGAAAUUAUUUUGACUGUAUAAGGGUUUUGUUUUAACUUUUUUCUUUCUUUUUUUUCUUUUUCUUUUCUUUCUUUCUUUCUUUCUUUCUUUUUUUUUUUUUUUUUUUUUUUUUUUUUUUUUUUUUUUUUUUUUUUUUUUUUUUUUUUUUUUUGAGGUUGUUUCUCUGUGUUGCUUUGGCUGUCCUAGAACUCACUUUGUGUUCCAGACUGGCUUCAAACUCACAGAGAUCUGCCUGACUCUUCCUCCUAAGUACUGGGAUUAAAGACAUCCACCAUCCCUAUCUGGCUUGUAUAAGGUUUUUGAGAUAGGUGUAACUCUGGUUGGUCUGAAACUGACCAGGUUAGCCUCAAACUCACAGAGAUCCACCAGUCUUUCUACCUUCCAGAGUGCUGGGAUUAAAAUUAUGUGCCACUAUGCCUAGCAAUGAUAAGUUUAUAUCUAAGCCAUUUUGUUACGUUGUCUAUAUCUAUAUUGUACUGUUGGAUUACUGCCUAUGUAAUGUAUUUUUCUUUUGUAAUUAUUCCUUGAGAAAAGGUCUCCUGGAGCUUAGACUGGCUCUGAAAUAACUAAAUGGUCAAGAAUGAUCUUGGACUUUUGAUCUCUUGCCUCUGCCUCCAGUGGUAGGAUUCCAGGCAUGCACCACUACACUCACCAUUUUUGUUUUGGUUUUGGCGCAGUGCUUGGGUAUCAAGUGCAUGCUAGGUGAAUACUCUACCAACUGAGCUUCAUCUCUAGCCUGUGACACACUGUUAAACCUAAAACUUUUGUUUUUAUUUGAGUUUUUGGGCUAAUUUGAAAGGUUUUGGUUUAUUAUGACUUGGGAAUUUUUUCCUAAGCCUGUGAAGAAUGCCAUUUGAUUUGCUAAUGUGAUGGCAGUAAAUCUACAAAGCACUUUGGGUAGGAUGGACAUUUUAACAGUGUGCAUGGGAUACCCUGCCAUUUAUUUAUAGUCUUGUUCAUAGUGGUUUAGAUUUUCCCUGUUUAAUUUUAUUCUCAUUUUAUGCAGGGUGUAUAAUAUUUUUGUUUUUUAAAUUUUGCUUUUAAAUUUGUAGUAUGUAAAGACACUUUGUGUUGAUUUGAAAAUCAUUGAACAUUUAUGAGUUUCUUAAAUUUUUUUUCACAGAGUAAUUUUCUAUGUUGACACCCUGUCACCUGAAACAGAUUUGUUUCCUUGGGUGAAAAAAUUUUUUCUUUUUUCUUACCCUAAUUGCUCCAGCUAGGCUUUUCGGGUGUUUGCUGAAUUGAUGGAAAGGUGCGCCUGUCCUGGACAAGUCUGAGCUUUGUCACACUGAAUGAUAACAGUGUUUGUUUCCCCGUGCUGCCAUUAUAGUUUCUGUCUAAUUUAUUGACUGUUGUCACCAUCAGUUGAUAUCCUAUGUUGUUACAUGAUUCUGUAUAUUUUCUGCAAUACAGUUUUUCAUUUUGUUCAUUCAGUGUAUUACAUUUAUUUCUUUUGUAUAAACCAUCUUUGCAUCCCACUGAUAAACUCAUUCUUGAUCACGAUUUGUGCAGUCCUUUUAAAAGUUACUUUGUGAAGUGACCAGGAUAUUGAAAUUGUCUUAAUAAAUAAUUUUUCAUUAUUUGUUUUUGA